AUGCCACAAUGGACAAACAGAUCCAAACCAUCAGAGCCAGACUUCGGUCAGCAGCCGGACUACUACCGGGUCCUAGGGCUUUCUCCUCCUUUCUCACCCGCCGACUUGAAAGCUGCUUACCAUCGCGCUCUUCUCCGCUUUCAUCCUGACAAACGACAAGAGAAGGAGCAGAGAGAUGUCGACGUCUCAUCAACGGUUGCGGAGAUCAAAGACGCGUACAUGACCCUGUCUUCUCCUGCUCUCCGUGCCGCCUACGACGCUCAGCUGGAGCGUCGACAAGCAGGACCGCGACCUGCGCAGGUAGUCUCGUUGGAAGAAUUCAGCGAAUCCGAGGAAGAUAAUAUAGGGAGGUGGACAUACGACUGCAGGUGCGGCGGUGUGUAUGUCAUUACCGAGCGUGAGAUGGAAGAGGAUCGCCACCUGGUGGGAUGCGGUAGCUGCUCGGAGGUGAUUUGGGUCGGGUACGAGAUCGCGGAGGGGGAGGACGUCGGAUCGGAAGGCAAGCAGUAGCACAUCGGGCUCUCCACUGCUUCUCGUACUAGAGAAAUCAACGACAAUCGACUCGAGGAACGCCAGCGUCGAUGGAAAAAUGCUGUACACAGCCGCCCACAACUGCAUGGUCGAAGCAUCUCUAUCUAUCUGGAAAUGUCGGUUGUGAAGAACAGGCAUAUAUGGAAUCAGGUGGAAGUAAUUCUAGCAAUUCCGCGUCUCGAAGGAAGUCGGCAGGGCCCCCCAUCCCCGACGCGCGCUACAUCCCUCCGGGGAAGCGUUUUCAGCAACCAUUGGCGAAGGCCAGGUUAC